UUGAACCGCGACCGAACGGCUCCCCCGGGACUCGUAACCGAAGCACGCACGCACAACGGCCAAGGCACGCCGCCCACCACCUCCCCAUUUGCCCAUUUGGCCGUUUCGCCUCGUCGUCGUGGGAGCAGUGCACGCUCUUCGCAGUAAGGAGAGAUAGGGAGAGAGGGAGGAGAAAUUUGUGGUUUUUUCUCGCGUUGCGGCGUGGAUGGGGGCGUCGGGCAAGUGGAUCCGGACGCUGGUGGGGCUCCGGCCGGCAGCAGAGAGGGAGAGGCCCGGCGCCGCCGGGAAGGGGCGGAAGUGGAGCCGGCUGUGGCGGAGCUCGUCCUCGCAGCGGGGGAGCAGCGCGCCGCCGUCGGAGGCGCCGUCCGAGGCGUCGUCCACUGUCGACGCGCUCAGCAGCUCUGUCGUCGCGGCCGUCGUGCGCGCGCAGCCCAGGGAUUUCCGCGUCAUCAGGCAGGAGUGGGCUGCCGUCCGCAUCCAGUCCGCCUUCCGCGCAUUCCUGGCUCGGAGGGCGUUGAGGGCACUGCGAGGCAUCGUGCGGCUGCAGGCGCUGGUGCGUGGCCGCCGCGUGCGCAAGCAGCUCGCCGUCACGCUCAAGUGCAUGAACGCGCUCGUCAGGGUCCAGGAGCGCGCGCGGGACCGCCGCUUCCGGAUCUCUACGGACGGCCGCCACUCAGAGGACAUCCUCGACGACCGAAGCGGCCAUGCUGACCCUGUCAAGGAAGCAGAGACAGGAUGGUGUGAUAGUCAAGGUACUGUGGAUGACUUAAGAUCAAAGAUACAAAUGAGGCAUGAGGGUGCGGUAAAGAGAGAAAGAGCAAUUGCUUAUGCUCUUUCCCACCAGCGAAGUUCAAGCCACAGUGGAAGACCUAGCUCUCCUGCUGUUUCUCUCAGGAAUCAUGGGACUAGCAGAAGCAAUCAUAAUUGGAGCUAUUUGGAUGGGUCGAUGGCACCGAAACCUUGGGAGAGCCGCCUUAUGGAGCAAACCCACACUGAAUACUCCAACAAUUCACGGUGUUCAGAAAGCAUUGAUGAGAUGAAUGCAGUCAGCUCAAAACUUUCAGAUGCAAGCUCAGUCAAAAUCAGAAGAAACAAUAUAACAACAAGGGUGGCAGCUAGGCCUCCUUCCACAAUCUCAGCUUCUUCAUCAGAUUUUGUGUGUGAUGCCAGCUCUCCUUCAACUUCCUCUGUCACUCCAGUGUCUGGCACCAGUUUCCUAACAUCAGAGAGAAGAUCUGAUUAUGGUCAUGGAGGUGGGCCGAACUACAUGAACUGGACUAAAUCAGCAAAAGCAAGGUUGAACGGUUCUAGCACACAUAAGUUCCCGCUUCAAAGGCAACGAUCUUCUGACCUGCACCACAUUAGCAGGACGGCGUUAUCUUCGGUAGAUGUUCAAAGCACUGCUGGAUCGGAGGUUUCAGUUACUUCUAAGAGGUUGAACGGUUUGACUCUAAAAGGUCGAGGCGCUAGAAGAAGUUUGGACAAGAAGAAUGAUGACCGGCCUGUUGCCAUGUUUUAAAACCUAGUCCUGUUUAUUUCCAUAAUACUAUACGUUAGGCAUAUUCAUGUUGACUUGUAUGUAUGCUCUGAUUUCAAUGCCUCGUUGCUCAUUUUGGUACCAUCCAGAUUUGUGCUGUACCAAUGCCGAACUGCUCCUACCUGUUAGAGUAACGCGGGAUGGUGAUGAUUGGUAUUCACUGUACCUCUGUGCUGGUCUGCUGGAUCAGCACAGUGAAAUUGACAAUGUAUCACAAGUGAUGCAAACCUCCUUGCUUGUCUGCUGUUUGAAAAAAAUAAAUCAUGCGAGGACUUGCAGAUUCAAA